GCGGGGCCGGCCGGAGCGCGUCGGGAGCGGGCGCCGAGGCCCCAGCAGCGGGACCCCAGCGAAGGCAGCGCCGAGGCCGCCGCGCCCCGCCGGGCCGCCCAGCCACCGCCAUGGGCAUCAAAUUUUUAGAAGUUAUCAAACCUUUCUGUGCAGUUUUACCAGAAAUUCAGAAACCUGAAAGGAAGAUCCAGUUUAGAGAGAAGGUAUUAUGGACUGCUAUAACUCUCUUCAUUUUCUUAGUAUGUUGUCAGAUACCGCUAUUUGGAAUCAUGUCAUCAGAUUCUGCAGAUCCUUUCUACUGGAUGAGAGUUAUUCUUGCAUCCAACAGAGGGACAUUAAUGGAAUUGGGUAUUUCUCCAAUUGUAACAUCUGGCUUGAUUAUGCAGUUGUUAGCUGGAGCGAAAAUCAUUGAAGUUGGAGAUACACCCAAAGAUAGAGCUCUAUUCAAUGGAGCCCAGAAAUUGUUUGGUAUGAUCAUUACCAUUGGGCAAGCCAUUGUGUAUGUCAUGACUGGCAUGUACGGGGAUCCUGCUGAAAUGGGUGCUGGAAUCUGUCUCCUUAUCAUUAUUCAGUUGUUUGUUGCUGGUUUGAUUGUGCUGCUGUUAGAUGAGCUGCUACAGAAGGGUUACGGCUUGGGGUCUGGUAUUUCCCUCUUUAUUGCCACCAACAUCUGUGAGACCAUUGUCUGGAAGGCCUUUAGUCCCACUACUAUUAACACUGGCAGAGGUACAGAGUUUGAGGGUGCAGUCAUAGCUCUGUUUCAUUUAUUGGCCACUAGGACAGACAAAGUCCGAGCACUAAGGGAGGCUUUCUAUCGUCAGAAUUUACCUAAUCUCAUGAACCUCAUUGCUACAGUUUUUGUGUUUGCUGUUGUUAUAUAUUUUCAGGGAUUUCGUGUUGACUUGCCCAUUAAGUCAGCCCGGUAUCGAGGGCAGUAUAGCAGCUAUCCCAUCAAGCUCUUCUACACCUCAAACAUUCCCAUUAUUCUUCAGUCGGCCUUAGUGUCAAACCUGUAUGUUAUUUCCCAGAUGCUGUCUGUUCGAUUUAGUGGCAACUUUUUAGUAAAUUUACUAGGACAGUGGGCAGAUGUCAGUGGUGGAGGCCCUGCGCGCUCAUAUCCAGUGGGAGGCCUUUGUUACUAUCUCUCUCCUCCUGAGUCGAUGGGGGCCAUAUUUGAGGAUCCCGUCCACGUAGUUGUUUAUAUCAUCUUCAUGUUGGGAUCAUGUGCAUUCUUUUCUAAGACAUGGAUAGAGGUGUCUGGUUCUUCAGCCAAAGAUGUAGCUAAACAGCUUAAAGAACAGCAAAUGGUCAUGAGGGGCCACAGAGAUACCUCUAUGGUUCAUGAGCUUAAUAGGUAUAUCCCCACAGCAGCUGCUUUUGGUGGGCUGUGCAUUGGAGCCCUGUCGGUGUUAGCUGACUUUCUGGGGGCCAUUGGCUCUGGCACUGGAAUUCUGCUUGCAGUCACUAUUAUUUAUCAGUAUUUUGAAAUAUUUGUUAAGGAACAGGCUGAAGUUGGCGGGAUGGGUGCUUUGUUUUUUUAAAUGUUCCAAUAUUUCAUUUUGUGUGUAUGAAAGGGAAAAUGUUUUGACAUAUUGUUUUUGUCAAAUAAUGCUGGUUCUCCUUUUCUUCCCUCACAGUUUCUUGUUUUGAAGUGCUAACUAUCCCAUUUCUGAAAUGGGCACCGAGCUAAGCCUGUGUGCAGCAUUAGUACCAGCUGCCUUAAAACUAAAGUUUACAUUAUUCGUUUAAAAAAUGUACCUGUAGUGUUACCUGUGAUGCUGGAAACCAAUGCGCCAGCCUUGCCGUGUUCAGUCAUGACGGUGAGAAGGUGACAUGGAUCAGUUUUGCACACAACAUUCAAAACACUCAAUAUUCCCCCUACUUAUUUAAAAAUAAACGUAGUUCAAAUCGCCACUUUCCAGUAUUUUUGAGCUUAUUUAAUGAGUUCUGGAACAUUUAUAUCUAAUGUAUAUUUUAGAUAUAAUUUUUAUACUUUUUUAACUCAUAGUAUCCACAUUCUCACGCUCCCUUUCCCUUUUCCCCUCCUCUCCCUUAUCUGCCCCUUUUCAAAGCAGCCACUUAAUCCAGAUGGGCAAAAUCAAGCUUCAGAGUUAAAGCUAUUACUAGAAACAGUGGCUUAAAGGUACUACUCUUCCUGUCUUUCAUCCCUCUUUCUUCCCAGUGACAGCAGUCGGUGCUGUUUGACUGUAUUGGCUAUGCCUUUGAAUUCCAACAGGUCACUUGAGAGAGCAUUCGAGAUACAUCCCAGUUCUAUUUCUUUUUUAAUCCCUAAAGCAAAGAUCUAAUUCUCAAGCAGUAUUUGUAGUUCAGUGGGGGCAAACAAAGAGUAAUUCAUGCUAGGAAUUUGUGUACGUUGUUGUACUUUACAGCAGCAACAUGAGUGUAAACAGUAGACAAUAAACUUUUAUUUAAAACUGUUUGAGUUGUGUUGGAAAAAAAAUCUGACAUUAAG